AUGAUUUUAAUUGCAGCAUUUACAGAUAAGGUCACAUGUGUGACCUUUUACCUUCAUAUCUCAAAUAAUUUUAGUAUCAGCAAAAUUAUUUCUAACUGA